AUGUGGUUAAAAAACGAUUUUGAACGAUAUCAUUAUCUUGUGAUACUCCACACAAUCUGCACUAUAGCAUUUAUUAUACGUUUUAUUGUUCUAUGUACAGAUUUAUCAUCUGCUAAAAGUGAUUCAAUAGCUUUCCCUGUCGUAAUAUUAUUAUUGGAGUUAGGAUCAUCAUUUAUCACUUUUAUUGCAAAUUUUAUCUAUAUUUUUCUUCGUUAUCUUGAACCAAUUAUAUUUGAAUCUGAUCGUGAAAAAGUUGGAUGUUGUUCUCAAUCAUUUGCUUGGAAUCUCUCAACAUUGACAUGUUUUCUUGUAUUUGAAGUGAUGCGAUUUAUAGCAUUCAUACUUGCUUGUGUAUGUGCAAAUAGAUAUGGACCAAUUGGUUUAGGUUAUUUGACCUUGGCUGCAUUUUCACUUAUUCCUGCUGUAAUUCUAUUAGUUGUCGAAUAUCUGCAUCAUCAUCGCCUAUGGUUUCAUUAUCGACCAGACAGGUCAUUAGAAGAAAAACCUCACUACAUCAAAGAACACUUGCGUUUCUUACCCAUUGCAAUGACAAAUGAUCAACAAACAAGUCAUUGGCAAAACUCUCGAUGUGACAAAGGAGAAAGAUGUUUGUCACGGAAUCUGUAUCAUGUUAUUAUUUAUCAUUCAGGAAACACACGCUAUCCACCUGAACAGACACAGGAUAAUCAAAUUGUUGUUGGAUUUCAUCAAACAAGUCAUGCUGCUGCUUACUCUAUUGCUAAGACACGUUUACAACCCUCGAAAAACGGAUGA